AUGAACCACACCGUGAACCAUACCGUGAACCACACCGUGAACCACACCGUGAACCACACCAUGAACCACACCAUGAACCACACCAUGAACCACACCAUGAACCACACCAUGAACCACACCAUGAACCACACCAUGAACCACACCAUGAACCACACCAUGAACCACACCAUGAACCACACCAUGAACCACACCAUGAACCACACCGUGAACCACACCAUGAGCCACACCGUGAACCACACCAUGAACCACACCAUGAACCACACCAUGAACCACACCAUGAACCACACCGUGAACCACACCAUGAGCCACACCAUGAACCACACCAUGAACCACACCGUGAACGACACCAUGAACCACACCAUGAACCACACCGUGAACCACAUCAUGAACCACACCGUGAACCACACCAUGAGCCACACCAUGAACCACACCAUGAACCACACCAUGAACCAUACCGUGAACCACACCGUGAACCACACCGUGAACCACACCAUGAACCACACCGUGAACCACACCGUGAACCACACCAUGAACCACACCGUGAACCACACCAUGAACCACACCGUGAACCACACCGUGAACCACACCAUGAACCACACCGUGAACCACACCGUGAACCACACCGUGAACCACACCAUGAGCCACACCAUGAACCACACCAUGAACCACACCAUGAACCACACCAUGAACCAUACCGUGAACCACACCGUGAACCACACUGUGAACCACACCAUGAGCCACACCGUGAAUCACACCGUGAACCACACCAUGAACCACACCGUGAACCACACCAUGAACCACACCGUGAACCACACCGUGAACCACACCAUGAACCACACCAUGAACCACACCGUGAACCACACCGUGAACCACACCAUGAGCCACACCAUGAACCACACCAUGAACCACACCAUGAACCAUACCGUGAACCACACCGUGAACCACACCGUGAACCACACCAUGAACCACACCGUGAACCACACCGUGAACCACACCAUGAACCACACCGUGAACCACACCAUGAACCACACCGUGAACCACACCAUGAACCAUACCGUGAACCACACCGUGAACCACACUGUGAACCACACCAUGAGCCACACCGUGAACCACACCGUGAACCACACCAUGAACCACACCGUGAACCACACCAUGAACCACACCGUGAACCACACCGUGAACCACACCAUGAACCACACCAUGAACCACACCGUGAACCACACCGUGAACCACACCAUGAGCCACACCAUGAACCACACCAUGAACCACACCAUGAACCAUACCGUGAACCACACCGUGAACCACACCGUGAACCACACCAUGAACCAUACCGUGAACCACACCGUGAACCACACCGUGAACCACACCGUGAACCACACCAUGAACCACACCGUGAACCACACCAUGAACCACACCGUGAACCACACCGUGAACCACACCAUGAACCACACCGUGAACCACACCAUGAGCCACACCAUGAACCACACCAUGAACCACACCAUGAACCACACCAUGAACCAUACCGUGAACCACACCGUGAACCACACCAUGAACCACACCGUGAACCACACCGUGAACCACACCGUGAACCACACCAUGAGCCACACCAUGAACCACACCGUGAACGAUACUGAGGUUAAAAUUCUGGCUUGA